AUGUUGACAUUUCCACUGGGCCUAGGAGAUGGACAGCUCUAUACAUGGACAGAUGGUUUGAAAAGAAAAGAUUGGCAUGACUAUGGAAGCAUUCAAAAAGAUGCGCUGCGUUCAGGCAAGGGUGAACAUGGGAAGCCUUAUCCUCUCACUGAAGAAGAUCAUGAUGAUUCAGCUUACAGAGAAAAUGGCUUCAAUAUUUUUGUGAGCAACAACAUUGCUUUGGAGAGAUCACUGCCAGAUAUUCGUCAUGCUAACUGUAAACACAAGAUGUACCUGGAGAAGCUGCCAAACACUAGCAUCAUUAUUCCUUUUCAUAAUGAAGGUUGGACUUCUCUUCUGCGCACUAUACACAGUAUAAUUAACAGGACUCCAGACAGUCUGAUAGCUGAAAUUAUUCUAGUGGAUGACUUCAGUGACAGAGAGCACCUGAAAGAUAAAUUGGAAGAAUAUAUGGCCCGGUUUUCCAAAGUGAGAAUUGUUCGAACCAAAAAACGGGAAGGACUGAUCCGAACCCGACUCUUGGGUGCAUCUAUGGCAAAAGGAGAAGUUUUAACCUUCCUAGAUUCUCACUGUGAAGUCAAUGUGAACUGGCUGCCUCCUUUGCUUAACCAAAUUGCCCUAAAUCACAAAACCAUUGUGUGUCCUAUGAUCGAUGUCAUCGACCACAAUCACUUUGGGUACGAAGCCCAGGCAGGUGAUGCCAUGAGAGGAGCCUUCGACUGGGAAAUGUACUACAAAAGAAUCCCCAUCCCUCCAGAGCUCCAGAGAGCAGAUCCCAGUGACCCUUUUGAGUCUCCUGUUAUGGCUGGAGGGCUCUUUGCUGUUGACCGAAAGUGGUUUUGGGAAUUGGGUGGCUAUGAUCCAGGCUUAGAAAUCUGGGGAGGAGAACAGUAUGAAAUAUCUUUCAAGGUAUGGAUGUGUGGAGGAGGAAUGUUUGACGUUCCAUGUUCUAGAGUUGGUCAUAUCUACAGGAAGUACGUCCCUUAUAAAGUUCCAUCUGGGACCAGCUUGGCAAGAAACCUAAAGCGUGUAGCAGAAACCUGGAUGGAUGAAUUUGCUGAGUAUAUUUAUCAGCGGCGACCCGAGUACAGACAUCUUUCGACCGGCGAUAUCUCUGCCCAGAAGGAGCUCCGGAAACACCUCAAGUGCAAGGACUUCAAGUGGUUCAUGGCAGCCGUGGCCUGGGAUGUCCCAAAGUACUACCCCCCAGUGGAGCCUCCACCAGCUGCCUGGGGGGAGAUUCGGAAUGUGGCUGCCAACCUCUGUGUAGACAGCAAACAUGGUGCCACGGGGACUGAGCUGAGGCUGGAUAUCUGUGUGAAGGAUGGCUCUGAAAGGACAUGGUCCCAUGAACAGCUCUUCACCUUUGGAUGGCGGGAAGAUGUGCGUCCUGGAGAACCACUCCACACCCGAAAGUUUUGCUUUGAUGCUAUUUCUCACAGUAGCCCUGUCACCCUCUAUGAUUGUCAUGGCAUGAAGGGGAACCAGCAUUGGGGCUAUCGGAAGGACAAAACUUUAUUUCAUCCAGUGAGCAACAGCUGCAUUGAUUGCAACCCAUCAGAGAAAAAGAUUUUCAUGAACAGAUGUGACCCUCUCUCGGAGACUCAGCAGUGGAUUUUUGAACACAUUAAUAUGACUAUUUUAGAAAAAGUGAACAGCAACAUCAGCUCUUAG